AUGGAUGAGACCCUUGCUAAAUUUUCUGCUGACAUAGCGGAAGGCGUGUGUGCGGAUGUGCAAGCCGGCGUUGACGAGUCUGAGGUUGCGGUUGAAGAUAUUUUAUCAAGAUUAGCGGAGAUUGAGAAAUUGGCUGAAUUGAUUCGGGAAGAUUCAUCGCGAUGCAGAGCUCGAGCUAUGCCUAAUGCAAGGGCAAGCGUGACCACCAAGCUUGAGUCACACUUCGAAAUUAUUGAUCGCAUUGAAGAUCGAGUGAAUCAGCUUUGUUCUGAGCUCAAUGAGGUGGAAGCCAGGGUAAACCGUGCCGAGCUUACGGUUCGAACUGGAAUUUUUAAAUUCCCGACUAUGACGACUGAGUCAUCAUUGACAUCCGUCGAACGACUCCAAGAUGCGAUUGAAUUUUCCAUGACGAAAAAUAUGUCAUCGUUAUCAUGUGCUUUACUCGGCGAACGUACGCGCAAGUGUGUUCGUCGACCUGCGAUGAAGCCGGUAGGUUUCGAUGCAUUGCACCCUGUAACAUCUUGGAAACCGUCAUGGAUGCGUGACUGUGACUCGAAUGGUUCUACUUCUCUACGAAAUAAGUCACUUCACUCGCGUGUUAUCGAAUCAGACCUGUCCGUUGCUGCGGAUGAUUCUGAUGAUGUAUCUCGUGAAUUUUCAGCUGACUUUCAAUCCUCAGCUUUGAUGGAAUCGAAGCCACUCGAUCUCAGUUUGAAAAGUGACGUGGUUUCAGCCUUCAUAAGCAAGCCAGUAAAGUCGCCAGAAGAUGUUGAGCUGAAGCCUUCUGUAGGAGCACCUGCAAUCGGUGAUGAUGAGAACAACAACACUGAGAAAAAUUUCGUUGUUGAGCAUCAUUUUCAGAAUGCAGAUGUUCACUCAAAAUAUAUUCUUCCCGAAAAUGCCAUGAACCUCGACCUUUUAGCGCGUUGGGCAGGCUAUCGGAGGGCCAUCGAGAGGGAAAUUGUCGCAGAAUUUUCCUCUUCGACUGGUCGACGGAUGCCAGUUGGCCUGGAAUUUCUCUGCAUUGUUGCGGACGUUUACUUGAAGCGUCUGAACGAACAAGAAAGGAAUCGUGACAGGAUGAUUGGUUCAGUUGCGAGAAGACAUCGAAGUGAAGCUUCGCAAGCAGAAGUACAGGCUUUUAUCAAACGGAAAGCACGGCAACAUUCAGAAAAUCCGUUCCCGGUUGAAGAGCCGUUUUUCAAUGAUGACCUGUCGGAAUUGUCCGAAGAAGAGCUGAGUAUUCUGCUUGCUAUCCGAGAACUGUGGAAAAGAAUAGAUGAAAUCCGAGCAGAAUUCACGGCGUUGCCUGUUGGAAGGCGGAAGACUAGUGUGCGCCGUGUUCCACGAUGUCGUCGGAAAUCCGCUCCUCAAGUCAAGAAAGUCGCAUCAAACGUUCUGGUUUUACCGAGUAUAAAGUCUAUCGAAGAACCACCACGGGAAGAAACCCGUGAACGAUCUGAAUCACCUUUGCCACAUCGGCGAAAAAUCAAACCGAAGUUGAAAGCUGAGGCAAAAAUACGGGAGCCGGAUCCACCCAUGAAAACCGGCUACACACCAACGGAACCUUCUCCGGAUUAUGUCGAGCAGAAGCUGAUUCCUCAGAACUUCGGUAUUUCAUUAGACGUCCAAGGAAAACACAUCUUGGAUGCACAUAGUGUAAAAGAGGAAAUGGUCGUUAAGCGAGAAGUCAACGAUGAUUUGACCGAUCGUACGUCAAUUCCAUUAAAACCUCGCAUUACUGAGGCAGAUCUCAAGGAUUGCGAUCGAAUGGGUGUUCUGUUUUUUGAUGUCGAAUCGUUUGGGACUGGAUAUAUUGAAGCGGUUGAAGUCCCCAUGUAUUUUAGGCUUCGGUUGCAUAGAGAGAGAAGCAACAGGGAUAGAUUCUUAUCAAUUGAUGAAGUCACGGAUAUUCUGCUGAUGGAAGUUGUUGCAACCGAAGAUACAAUUCGGCAAGGAUCUCGUGUUUGCGCCAAGUGGAGUCGCCAAGUUGGUGGAUUGUUCCCUGGCACAGUGUCGUCACCUCCUAAAGAUGGAGAAGUAUGGGUCGAUUUUGAUGACGGUGACUCCGGAAGCAUUCCUUUGAAGGAUGUUCGUCUGCUACCGGCUGAUUAUCCGAUCAUGGUCCAAGUGUCAAAUCCGGUGACAAAUCCAAGGAAGCGUCGUCGUACAAGUUCUUCUAGUCGGCUGAAUUUGCCGGUGACUCCCCCUCUGGAAUCUAAUUUGCAUGAUAUGGAUCUAAAACCUUCAACCCUCGAAAAUGGCGAUUCAUUUUGUGAGGCUGAAGUGAAGAUUGAAAACGGCCAUGGUGUUUGUAGCGCUGACGAAUUCGACGGUGACAGCUCGGAUGUCAAAAUAUGGGAAUGGUCUGAUGAGUCUAACGCGUUUAAAAGAUUUAAACUUGGUCGCAAGAAACGGAUUUUCCAUGAAGAAAUCUGUCGUGGCUCGGAAGAACGCAUUCGCGUUGGUGAUUGUGCUGUGUUUCGCACCGGUGAUCCUGAUUCGCGGCCGUAUAUUGGCCGGAUCUUGCAAUUCUGGGAAGCCUGUGGAAAACGCUCAAUGUCGGUGCGCGUGAGUUGGUUUUAUCGACCCGAUGAAACCAAAGGUCUGGCCAGUUCAAUUCCUCACAAUGGGUUGUUUUCGUCUACCCAUACGGAUGAAAAUGAUGUGCGAUCGAUUGCUCGGAAAUGCAUCGUGGUCUCUCACGAAGAAUACAAGAAAGCUCGUAACCGAGACGGUGCCAUGUUUCUGGCUAAAUCCGCACAGGUUGAACCAUCGGACGUGUACUUUUGCGCGGGAGAAUACGAUCCUGUUUCAGAGAAAAUCGUUCUGAGAGUUCCGUUUUGUUCAGCUUGAUAGCGAAAGAAUGAGUGAAGCUUGGUGUUACAGAUAUUUUUGUAGGUUAGGGCUGAUUUUAACAAUGGAAGGCAUCCGAAAUGUCUGAAGCUUUGUUUUAUUUCCUGCUGGUAGGGGCAUCUCAUCGCGUCUGUGUGCUUGGAAGAGUGAUUCGAGCUCGAAAUGUCAAUCUAUGUGAUGAAUUGUUUUAUUUCUGCGAGUGCUUUUUGGGGGCAAUGAAUCAAUAGCUUUGUAUUUCAUACGAAGCUUUCGGAAUUUCUAGAGCUGUCGGGUGAAGAUUUCUUAUGAGUUUCAGCAUUUGCGCGACUCUGUCUGAAACAUAAGUUCUGUCGAGUGCCAAUCGAGUUAUUCUCCGUAAAAUUGUGGCAUUCGGAUGAAUUUAAAAUCUGUUAUUUCUUUACGGUUUUUAAAUACCCUUUAGGAUGUCCGUUUAGGAUUUUUGAGGAGAAUAGCUUUAUGCCUGUCACCUGGAAAUAGGGGAGAAAGAAUUGUUGCUAAGCGAUUUCCAGCGUUGGAAUCUCGCAAGCAUAGUUUGCAAGAAGAGCUGAGUAAAGAGCGAAAGACUUGACAUUUUUUGUAUUUAUUUAGAUUGAAAGUGGUAUUCCGAAGGCAUUCAAAUCUGUAAAAUCAUUGAGAGCUUAAGAUUAGGAAAACAGGAUUUAUGUUAUCUCGAAUGUGGGCUGAGGUCUAAAUGGGGGUGCCUUCAAAUCUCGGUUUUCCGUGACGGGUUGAAUGUUGAUGCGUGUAUUUUUCGCCGAUGCAACUGAACUUGUCCGAGGGGUGGGUGUCGGAACUGAAUAACUUCCAAAUUGCGGUAAUUCUUUUUCGUAUGGGAUCAUGGCGAAUUUUUAUAUGAUUUGCAUAUGAGCAUCGACAGUAUUGACUUUCAUGUGUUUCCACCGUCGCGGACAAACCAUCGGUUCAAUCUCUCAAAUAUCCGUUCGGCUUGACUUUUUUUUGGAGCAAUGUAAGGGUGAUAAGAUUUACUGCGUGUGAUAGACCUGCUUUUCAUGUCGCGUUGAAGCGCGGGUUUUUGUUUCAGAUGAUCCCUGUAUUCGAUGUUUUGUUUUCUUCGGAAGAAGAGAGAAACGUGUAUAGCUUUUGCUGCUUUCGGCAUCUUGGGGACGACGUGGAUUUUUAAGAAAACGGAAAAGCACUCGGAAAGA